AUGCAGCUGUUCUUUUUAGUAGUUUUGUUGGCCAGUGCCUGCCAGGUGCAGGCCAAGGCGGUAUUUGCUCACUUUAUGCUAGGGAAUAGUGACAACUACACCAAGGCCAACUGGGAGCAAGACAUCUCCGCAGCCAAGGAGGCACACAUCGACGCCUUUGCGAUCAACACAGGCUUUGGCCUAUCGAUCCAUCGAAUGCUGAGCGAUGCAUUCGCAGCUGCGGAUGCACUGGACUUUAAGCUCUUCCUGUCCUUGGACUAUUCCGGGGAUGGACACUGGCCGCAGGACCAAGUAAUAAACUACCUCAAAGAUUUCACCAAGCUACCAGCCUACUUCAAAACCGACGACAACAAACCCCUUGUCUCGACUUUCGAAGGCGACCAAGCUGCUGGUGAUUGGAAGAACAUCAAGGAUAAAGUAGACUGCUUCUUUGUUCCGGAAUGGUCUGGGUUGCGUCCUGAAAAAUCCUUGUCCCAUAAGGAAGUCGACGGCCUGAUGAGCUGGACUGCCUGGCCAAAUGGCACCGACCCAAUGACCACUGACACUGAUCAAGAGUAUAUGGACGCUCUCAAGGGGAAGCCGUAUAUUAUGCCUGUCUCGCCAUGGUUCUACACCAACCUGGUGAGGUUCCACAAGAACUGGGUGUGGCAGGGUGACGAUCUCUGGUACACACGCUGGCAGCAGGUGCUCGAGCUCCAACCAGAGUAUGUGGAGAUUCUCACCUGGAAUGACUAUGGCGAGUCGCACUACAUUGGACCGAUCCAUCAGAGCGGCCUCGCGGUCUUCGACUACGGGCAGGCGCCCUUCGACUAUGCUAAGGGGAUGCCCCAUGACGGGUGGCGAAGCUUCCUGCCAUACAUCAUCGACCUGUACAAGAAUGGAGGAAAGGAUGCCGAGAUAGAAGACGAAGGCCUUGUCAGUUGGUACCGAGUCAACCCCGCGUCAGCAUGUUCCUCGGGUAAGACGACGGGAAACACAGUUACGCAAGCGCAACAGACGCUGGAACCGCAAGAGGUGCUGCAGGACAAGGUUUUCUUUUCCGCCCUGUUGGAGUCCUCUGCCGACAUUUCUGUCACUAUUGACGGGAAAAGUCGAGCGGCCAGCUGGACCCAUACCCCGGACGGAGGGAAGGGGAUUUACCACGGCAGCAUCCCCAUCAAUAACCAGACUGGGGCUGUUGCCGUGACCCUGACUCGCGAUAAUCAGUUAUUAGCCGAGAUUGAUGGCCAUCCUAUCACGUCGGACUGUGUCAAAAAUAUGACCAACUGGAACGCUUGGGUAGGAAAUGCCACCUCGACGGCGCCCAAACCUUCUUCGCCGUCGGGGUCGUCAAAGCACGAAUCCUCGUCUACUCGACUAAUCCUGUCGGGGCUUGUCCCUCUUGCUGUGGCCUGGACUCUUUGCUUUGUUCUAAUAUAACGCCGGUGACGACGCGGCGUGAUUC